UCGUUUGUGAAGGGUAAAUAUACGUGUUCACAGGCACUUCUGCUGAGCAUGGACCCGCUAACGAUGCUUGCUGCCCUCUUUCUGCUGCAACUUUUCCAAUGCUCCUGUGCAGCAGAACAAGAUUUAUAUGUGUACCCAACCAUUCUGCAAGAGAGAACAAGAUACGGAAAUUUGAUUCUGCGUCUGACCAACAAUCUAACUCUGAACCUUGAAAAGAGCUCCUCGGUGCUGGCUGAUGAACUACUGCUUGUUACGAGCAGUCCCGCCGGACAUCGGACGGACACGGUUGACACCUCAGCUAUUCAAGAGGUUCUGUACCAGGACGUGCAUCAUCAAUCCUCUCUCGUCUUACGCCAGAGGGAAGGCGUGGUGCAAGUCGAAGGUAUUAUCAACCACGAACUGAGAAUAAAGCCUCUACCACAAGACGAACGGUCGUUACAAGAUAAAAUACUGCAUAAGAUCUACAAAGUAGAAGAGAUAGAUGGUACCUAUAUGAAUAUGGAGCCGACACUCUCACAAGUUUACCAACGCUCGUAUGAGCUCAACCAGCGUAAGAAAAGAGACCGAAUAAGUCGGAACGCGCAUCAUUACAUGGAAUAUAUAGAAGAGGAGCGAUCAGCGAACCAAGACAAUUUUACUGUGGAGCUUCACGUUGUUUCGGACUCGGUGCACCAAAAAUCAUUUGAGAAAGAUGAGGAGUUAAUUGCUUAUCUGGCAGUCUUCACAAAUGCAGUGAACUUAAGAUAUCUGGACAUGAGAAAUCCACGGAUAAGCUUCCUCCUCGUUGGACUAACACGUAGUAAAGACGAUCCUUUCGCUGAACAUAAGGAGGGCUUCCUUUAUGGCUUAGGUACAUUAAACGGACUCAGAGAGCAUAUCAAGAAAGGGAAAAUACCGGGAAAUGCUGACAUGGUGUAUCUUAUAACCGGCCAAGAUCUUGCAACAGGGAAAGAUGGAAACAUGAGUCGAUCCAUAACAGGAUACGCAUUUGUGAAAACUGUUUGCACAACCAGUGGUGUCGGCGAAGGUGAAGACACUGCUAAAGCUUACACCGGGACUCGCACGAUGGCUCAUGAGCUCGCGCAUAUACUCGGAUCACCGGAUGACAAAGCCCAGCCUAAAGAGCCAGAAUGUGCGUCGUCUCAGGGAUACCUGAUGAGCUACGUCGAUGGCGGAGUGAAAAAAUAUCGGCUUUCUCCGUGCAGUGAGGAGAAGAUACGCACCAUGUUCGCGAAGCUAAAACCGGAAUGCAUAGAGGUGAAGGCGAAGCAGAACUACCAGAAAGACCACAAGAAGUUCCCUGGCCAAACAAUGCCCGAAGAGGUAUUUUGCAGGUACAUCAUGAAAGAAAGCAAAGGAAGCCAAAACAAGGUGGUAGUGAAAAAGAUUCCCGAGCUUACCAGUCAGUGCAAAAUUAAAUGUUGCCUUACGGUUGACGGCCGUACCCACUGCCGAAGAAAAAAAAUGCUUGCUGGCAUGGCGUGUGGUGAAGGAAAGACGUGCAAAAGAGGUGUCUGUGGAGUCCACACUUGGGAACAGUUCAAGUGAAUUUACGUCUUUCUGCUCUAUGGGCUAGCACAAAUUAAGUAUAAUUUUCCCAAGAAAUAAAGCACUGGCAUCAAAUUCA